AUGUUAUCGAACCCACAUCGCAAUCUACAGGAACGACAUCGACAACAUCGGCGGCAGAUCUCAACACCCUCCGCUCUUGAUGCCGCAAAAGUCCCUAGUCUUCCUGCACAGGCAAUGCACCGAUACCAUGCUCACCGUCGCGGCCAGAGUCUAGACCAGAGAUCUCUACACAUGCAACGAUCGCAGACCGUGCAAGAUGGUAACCUUUUAAAUACUAACGCAGCAGGUCCCCUGGUAAUGCAACAGCAACACUAUGCUCGUUCGACGCAACCGACACCCAUGCCCAUGAUGCCUGAGUGCCAGACUUUCAGUCAUGAAGAAUUGCAAACCCAACCAAGUAUGGGAUACAUGAACCCAGCCUACGCCAAGGCUGAGACCCCGGGACUGGAAAGUCGGCCGAUGAGCCUCCAUCUUAAUUUGAUCCAGCAACAGCAGUUGCAGCAAGCACAGCUCAUGGAGAAUGGCGCUUGGGAUUUCUACCCACACGACAACCUCACAACGGGACUUCCGCACCAGGCCAACGCAAUCCCUGCAGAUCUGAGACGACUAUCAGUGCAGUCGGAUGUCAGUCCCGCGCAAAGACCACAUACGCCGAAACCUACGCACUAUCUUCCCAUUACCCCUGCGACAACACCAUUCAAGAAAACAGUGGAUCUUGCGCAGUAUGGUGGCGACAUGCAGCCAACCCCUACCAAGGAGCAGAGAUUGUCUGUUCCCGUUUCAGCCCAGCCGUCGUACAUGCAACCCUCUUUCGAAGUGGAUAGUUUCGAUGUGUUUGACUGCCAGCAGGGUUCUAGUUUCGAAGUUUCAAAGUCUGAAAGUUUUUCAUCUAACCACUCUUCAACGUCGUCGUCGUCAGUUACAUCCCCUUUCAGUUCCUCAUCAGACCUUGCCUCCAUGCCGUACCUUGCGGACAGUGGUAAGGCGCAGAAGAUGCCUAUCUACCCUGCAACGCCUAGCCGUAUGGUUCCAAAGAAGACACCAAGUGCUCCCCCUAGCUCGGCCAAACCCAAACUUUCUCCAAGGGUAGCAUCUAUCGACAGCCUUAAUCUCGACGCCAGGGUCCAUGCCUCUAUCAAAGAAACUGGUGUCACCAUUGACGAGAUAGCAUCAUACAUCCAUGGUCCUGACCCAGAAGAUGGAAAAUGGGUAUGCCUACACCCCGGUUGCGAACGCCGGUUUGGAAGGAAAGAGAACAUCAAGUCCCAUGUCCAAACACAUCUCGGUGAUCGUCAGUACAAGUGUGGCCACUGCGAUAAAUGCUUCGUCCGCGGGCACGACCUUAAGCGCCACGCCAAGAUACAUACCGGUGACAAACCAUACGAAUGCCUCUGCGGUAAUGUGUUCGCCCGACAUGAUGCCUUGACUCGGCAUCGGCAACGGGGCAUGUGUAUCGGCGGCUACAAGGGUAUUGUGCGCAAGACUACCAAACGCGGUCGUCCGAGAAAGCACCGGCCUGAAAUGGAUGAGAGACAAGAGAAGUCCUCCAGGACGCGCCAGAGAAUCGCUGAAAAGUCAUCGUUUGACUCUUCUGGAUCAGACACCUCGCGCAAUUCGCCGCCUUCAGAAGUCUUCGAAAACAUGAGCCUUCAGGGUUCUAGUCCGGUGGGAGAGAUGCCAAUGUUCAGCAAUAUCAAUUAUUCAUUGCCCCCUGAGGUCCUGACUUAUACACCUCCCGCCUCUCCUGGAGGUAGCAUAAGAAACAGACCAUCACCUGCCCACAGUCACCGAUCGAUUACACCCAGCACGGAAGAUGAAAUGCCACCUUUGUCUCCAUCAAAACGGCCCCUGGAAAGAAUCAUUGAGGAGUCAAGUCUACCUCUAAUUUCGGACCCUGAAGCCUGCCCCUACACAAAUGCUACAAGCUCGACGGCUCAUGCCCUGUCUUCUCCACACACCGCACCCACUCUGACCGACUCCUCAAAUGGCCCCGACUUAGAUAUUUUCAUCAACCAAGAUCCAUCUACAAGCUUCAGCAAGCACGAGUUCCCUGGCUUGACUGACCCUGACAUGGCGGCAUUCCCUGAUUAUGUGAAUGGCCCCGCUUUUGACAACGGCAUGGAUUUGUUUCAAGGCAAAAGUUUCUCUACCGGUCCCUCAAUGGGUGACGAUUUCUUUUCUUUCCAAUUCCAGAUGGACGAACAACCAUCCGACGUUAUGACAAGGGAAUUCUUCUUGGAAUGA